AUGUUUUAUUCUAGCAGUACUAAGAUACAAGGCGAAUGCUCGGAAGAUAGCUUAAGUGUAUAUACCGAGGUAGUUAACAUUUUACAACGUUUAGAUUUGGGAACCAUUGAAGUAAAAACUCCUAUAGCAUCGGGAGUGAUUGAUCUUACGGGGAGCGAAGAUCCAUUUGUGAAGCUAUUAUCUUUUGGAGCAAAACAAAUUUUAUCGAGACAUUCAUUCCAUACUACCAAAUUACCCAACCAAAUUAGUACAAUGUUAAAUGAAUUCCGUCAAUUGGACGAAAAAGAGCAAAAUAAAGCUAUAAUUCGAGAGAAUAUUAAUUUUAUAUUGGGCAAAUGUAGUACUAAGAUACAAGGCGAAUGCUCGGAAGAUAGCUUAAGUGUAUAUACCGAGGUAGUUAACAUUUUACAACGUUUAGAUUUGGGAACCAUUGAAGUAAAAACUCCUAUAGCAUCGGGAGUGAUUGAUCUUACGGGGAGCGAAGAUCCAUUUGUGAAGCUAUUAUCUUUUGGAGCAAAACAAAUUUUAUCGAGACAUUCAUUCCAUACUACCAAAUUACCCAACCAAAUUAGUACAAUGUUAAAUGAAUUCGUAAGCUCAUAUAGUGAUUUUAGAAUCGAUUUCGAUCCCGCAUUAAUGCAACCUAUAAGUUUCCCCCAGGGAGAAGUGUCGCUCGAAACUAGACGCAUUUUAAUGACUACUUUCGAUUUAUUAGAAGGAUUGCGCCAUAUUUGGAGUUGUAGACCAUUACUAACAGAAGAUGAUUAUAGCGAGAAUGCUUAUGUAAGAGCGGAUCGAAAGGAAAACCCCGAUCUUCAAAUUUUAUUGAAAAUUGGACAUGAAGGAAAAUGA